AUUCUAUUAUCUUAUUUCGCUGUUUGUUCGUUUUUGUUCGUAUUUUCUCAGCCAAAGUCGAAUAACGACAAGAACGACAACGAAAGCGACGCAGUCACACUCAGCACUCAACACCAUUGACAAAAAGCAAGCAAAGCCAGCGACUCUCGACAUGGACACCUGCACCAUGGCCGUGGUUGCCGCAGCAGGAGGAGUGCGUACAGCCGCGGGGACGGGAACGGAGGUGGUCGGCUUUGCUGCUGCUCCAGAAGCGACCUCGUCCACGAGCACCACUCUCACAGAAGCAGAAGCUGAAGCAGAAGCUGAAGCAGCACAGACACAGCUACUGCCACUGGCACACAGUGAUGAUGAGACUACUCCUGCUGCAUUGGCCUCGGUGCAGCAAACCGCGCUUGUCAUCAGUUCCGCAAGCGAGCCACCGCUGCCGCUGCCGUCGUCGCCACUACGACCAUCACCGCUGCAACUGCUGCUGAAACAGACACAAGACAGCAGUGCAGCGAGUGGUACGAGUGAGGAAGCCGAGGGACCAACGAAGCAGGACGACGCGCCAAGACGGAACUCGACAACACGAACAGACGAGCUCCAGCCAGCAGAGCCAGAAGAGCCAGAAGAGCAGGACGAGCAUGGCAAUGCAGACUCUGAUGAUUCAGAACUUGGUCAAGUCACUCCCGAGGAGGACGCUGCAGCUGCAUCUCCAUCACCGUUGCCAGAUACACCUGCUUCUUUAGCAGCGCCCGAUCCCGCGACGCCAGCCAAUGCUGCUGCUGCAGUCGUUAUGGUCCACCCGCUGUUUGCGAAUCCUCAUCAUCCUCAUCCUCAUAGUAACAACAAUACCGGGUCGCUCGUGUCGUCUCACAGCGCACUGCCGUCGGACGCGAUAUCCGUGCAGUCGCUGGACUUGUCGCUGUGCGGGUUUAGCGACUACUCGGACUACGACUCGGUCUCCAUGACGAGCCAGCAUUCGCACGUUUUGCAUCCCAAGCACCAUGUCGGCUCGCACGCGCACGUCGGCGUAACGCGAGCAGGAGGGCAUCCAGUGCCGCUGCAUGCAGUGCAUCUGAAUGACCAAAAGUCCAAGCCGGACAAGGUUCCGCGCCGAGAAGAAGAGCACGAGCGUAUGGAUGCCGCCGCCGCCGCGUGCCUUCCUCAGCAGCAGUCGCAAGAGCAUCCCGAACAGCCCAGUCCAACAGAGCUGUCGCAACGGACAGAGGCGCCAGACGAAUCAACACCUUUACCUCUGGCCGACACCGAUGCUGUCCACUCGGCUGGCAACAACACACCCUCGCCAUUCGUAGCCCGGGUGCACCGCUCCGAGACCUCGCACUCUCUAUCGUCUGUAGCCUCUGGCUCGUUGUCCAUCUCCUCGACCAUGGCAACUGCCGGAUCGCUCUUUGCUCACCCAAUGUCGGAUUCGGCGUGCCCUUCCCCGAGUCUCUCCGCAACGUCGGAAGGCCGCCGCUCGAGCCGCUUUGCUGCAACCCCACGCCAGCAUCGCAACAGUGUGCAUUUCAACGACCAGUCGUACUCCGAGCCUGGCAACUCUGGCUCCCAAGACACCCAUUUUGACGAUGGGCCAAGUGCUGCGGAGAGCGGCGGCGACCCAGACGAUGACGACGAUGACAACAGCAACCACAACAACACCAACAGCAACAACAGCAACAGCAACGCCAGCCGCAACGGACAAGACGACGACCACGAGGACCACGAGGACCACGCGCAUGACGACGAAGACGACGACGACCGUCAACAACGCGACUUUCACGUUGGUCGCCGUCUCGGUCGAAGCUAUGCUCGCGAGUCCAUCUCUAGUCUGAGCUCUGUCACCGGAUCGUUUGCUUCCACAUCCGCGCUUGCGUCUGCUUCCAUGUAUGGCGGCGUGGACGAGGAUGGUUCGCAGCUCGCCAACUCGCGAUCGAACACGCCGACAUUUUCGAUUGCUUCCUCCCAUCCCUACGCUUCAUUGUCUCCGUCUGGUUCGCUCAUGUCUAUCACUCAGACAGACCUGGCAACUAGUGGCGCCACCGCCUCCGCAUCCCGCUUUGUUUCUGCGUCGGCAUCUGCGUCCAUGUUGUCGAGCUCUCAUCCAUCGUCGCGCACGCGCAGCGACAGCAAGACCAGCAGCUUCUCCCUCGUCGAUGCUGGAGCGAUGACCGCCAUGGGAGAUUCCGUUUCUCAAUUGGCUGACGACAACAUUUCUGUUGGCGCCGACAGCCUGUCGAGCAACCUCAACCUGUACACGGACAGCACCAGUGUUGCAAGCGUGGUUGUUCGCGGACGCAACGCGGCUGUCAUGGAGACGAGCACGCACUCGUUGCUUUCGCAAGUCUCGAUCGCAUCCUCCACCGCUUCGCAGCAUCACAAUCCCAAUGUGCACCGUGAUGAGUAUUCCGAGUUGUACGAGCGCGACCGCACUCGGUCUCGUUUUGUUCCGUCCUCCACUGGUUCGAGGUCGCAGGGUGUCUCGCCUGCACCGUCGUUUGGCGCGCGGGCCAAACCCAGCUCUUCCUCAACAUCACCCAUGCGAGGCGGCCGGGCCCAAAGUCGCCCGCAACCGAGUCGGCAAAAGCUCGCAAAGGCGGCAGCUGCCUCUGCCUCUGCAGCAGCAGCAGUAGCAGCAUCCGCUUCAGCUUCAGGUUCGGUUGGUGGUGGUGGUGGUAGUGGUGGUGGUGGCUCCUCCGCGUCUUCUUCUCGCAAGCGCAACAAGACACCGGCACAUCGUGCAGCGAAUGCAUCAAAGUCGAUCGCAUCCUCAUCUGCUGCCGCAGCGACUCCCGCGACAGAACACGAAGGACUCCUUUCGCAGCAGCCUACCCCCAUCGCCUUGACCUCCAGUCGUGGAGAGGCCGUCUUCCCAAUGGACCAGAGCGUCACCCUCACAUCAUCAAUGCACUAUGGUUCGCCAGUCCCAGGCUCGACCUCGACAGAGCUCGAUGCCUACCUGCUUUCGCGGUUUGGCACGAAUGAGCGACCGCCCAUCGACGAGGCCCGCUUGGCCGGCUCGACAGCGUCCAGCACUGUUGCCACCAGCCCCCGUCACUCGGCCGGCGGGUCACCUGGUUCCGCAUCACCGCAGUCGGUCCCAGCGCGCCUUGGCGAGAAGCGACGUCGCAAUCGGAAUACAAGUCGACCCUUGUGGGCGGAUCAUGUCAGCUCGUCCAGUGCACCGCCUUCAGACGACGGCUCGGGAGCAGCUACGCCCGUGCAUGCAGGCGCGCCUCCAUCGCCCAAACCACGCCCGCCAUAUUCGCGCCAGCAUUCGGAUAAUUCGUCUCGAAGUGCACAGACCCCUGCCUUUUCUCACACAGCUUCUUCGUCCUCGGCCAAACACCACCUGUUCCGCUCCAUUUCGUUCACCGAAAACUAUCCAGAGUCGUCUCAGGCGAUCGAACGCACCGCUGCCGCGGCUGUUUCCAGCACUGCCGUUGGUCGUCCAGCCACGAUUGCCUUGGAAUCCCACGUUGCAGCAGGCGCGAGUGGCGGAGCCUUGUCUCGCGACGGCUCUGGCAUGAGUGUUUUGCCGGAAGACGCGCUUGGAGCAGACGCCUCUGGGCUGAGCAACUCGGCAUUGGCGCAGGACACGACCAUUACAUUGGAGCACUCGCACACACUGAGUGCACCCAUCGCCAUGGGCAAGCCCGUUCUACCGACAGAUGACAAACCUGCUGCUCAACAUGAUCGUGAUGGUGACGCCGGUUCUGGCAACGAAGACGGCGACGAAGCCGGCGAGGAGGAUGAUCAGAAUGCACCGAAUUCCGACAGCGAUCACUCAAGCAACCUGAGCGAUUACGAGCGCGACACUGAGGAAGAAGAAGAGGAAUACUUUGAAGAAGAGUACGACGAUUACGAAGACGGCGAGUUUCACAACGACGAUGACAACGAGGAUGACGGCGAUGACGACGACGACGACGACGACGAUGAUGAUGAAGAUGAUGAUGAUGACGAGCUUUCCUUCUACAGCGACGAAGACGGAGCCCGGCCUUCGCACACAUAUCCGUCUGCUGACGCAGCUGCAGCUGCAGCCGCAACUGUCACUUCUCUGGGCGGCUUCUCUUCGCGACACGUCGUCGGCACGCACCAUAGCUAUUUCGCCCAGCUUGGCGACACAUCGGAUGACGAGAACGUUUCUGACAGCGAGAGUGCGGUCGACGAGCGAGAUACAGACGUGGCUGCUGGCCAGCAGAUCAGCCACGGCUCGAUCCACGCUCUCGGUAGCGACCUUCGCGCCCACGCUGUGCGAGAAUAUCACUCGCAUUCUGCAGUUGGCGCGUCCACCUCAGCACACCAUCGCGAGUCGGAUGUUAUUUUGGCCGAUAUCGUUGCAAGCCUGCAAGAAAUUCGGGCUCACGAGGCCAUCACGGCGUCCAAUGAGGGUGUUGCUGCAGCAGCAGCAGCAGCUGCAGCAUCGAGCGUUGUCGGGCAGACUUCCACGUCAGAGUUGUCCGCAGGGGACCGUGCAAACCUUUCAGCAAUGAUGCUGGAGGCGCAUUCUUUGCUUGAUGAGUGCAUCAAGGCUGCCUUGGACGGCUAUCGCCUUUCUUUCGACGAUGCUCUGCGACCCCUUCCGUUGGACAUUGGCGACGACCGCGAAAUUCUUGCGCGAGCGAUUGCGCAAACGAGAUUGCGGGCUCUUCGUGAAAACGAGUCUGCCAGCGGCAGUGGCUCUCGGCCGCAACCGCAGUCCGACUCGGCUCAUUCAUCUGCGGCAGAUUCUGCCAGCACCAACAGACCGCUGCGCGGCAGGCGUUUCCGUUUUGUCAACCGGCCUCACGCUGCAAUGGUGCCACCAGUGGAUAUCAUGGCUGGUGGAUUGGCGGGCGCUAGACGGCUGGACUUUGAUCCAGAGUACCUGCGCUCCUCGUGCAGCAUGUGCCUCGAGCAGUUUGCCCUGGACGACAUUUUCAUGUACGACGACUGCUCGUGCAUCUUUUGUGUCGAGUGCUUUGUCCGCUACUACGCCAUGCGCAUCGAAGAUGGUGACAUUGCGCACAUGAUGUGCCCUGGCUGUGGUCGGCUCGUUCAACACGAAGAGCUCGUCGAGGCGUUGCGGACGACCUUUGCCCUGGUUCGCACGCCAGAUGUGGCUGCGCGCUUGCUCGAACGCUUUGAGCGGCUCACGAUGAUUGCUCGCAUCAAUGCCAACCCGAAUGCGCGCUGGUGCCCAACCCCUGAUUGCGAAACCGCUGUGAAUCGCUACCUGGACGCACCUCCGCAAGCAGUGAAUGCGCGCAUGAACAUGGAGUGCUCUCGUUGUGGGUUGCGCUUUUGCUUUGAUUGUUCGCGUGGCUGGCACAACGGAGUCGAUUGCGAGGCUCAUUUCCGAGCCAUGCUCAAGGUCGCCAAGAAGGAACAGGCGCGCUUGCUCAAGCAGGCCAACCGCAUUCGGAAGGGCAAAGGUCCGGCCGUGCUGUCCGACACGCAGCCUCGUCAUCAUCCAACGCCGCAACAGCAUGCACUAGGCUGGCAUGACAGUCCUGGCAAUGGCAACCCGCCUUCGUCGGCUCCAGCUACCGCCACAGAUCAGCAGCUUGCUCCCACAAACAACGAGCUCGUCACGCGAGGCCACCACGCCUCAGAGAGCAUCGAGGGAGGCAGUCUGGGAGCGAAACGCCGCACCACACGAGAACGGUUGGUUGGGUUGUUCAAGGGCGGGCCUGGUCCUGUCAUCGUUUCAGACACAAGCGGGAUGCCGCCGCCGGCAGAGGGUGGUGUGGCACCUGUGGUUGCACACGCGGCGCAAGAAUUGCCCCCGACGACGACGACGUUGACCCCGACCGAGCCACUCGAUGAUUCUGCUCCACAGGUUUUGCUUGGCGGCGCUUCAGAAACCGUGGUCGAUCCGAUCGGGGACGAGCAAGACGAAGGCCAGGGUCUGGCUCACCUGGAAGGGCGUCCCGACCUCAUCUUUGUGCCGUUCACCGGUCCCACCAGCACCGCCGCCGCGCCAUUGGUGGUGCCCGACCACACCAUGGCGCGUGUACCGCAGCAUGUGGUCGAAGAGAUGCAGGCAACGGAGCGCGCGCUCACGCGUCGCGUUCAGAAUCCGGACGUCGUGCAUGUCGACGAGAAGCAGUUUGUCAAAUGGGCCAACAAGAAGACGCGAAAGUGUCCCACAUGCAAGGUCCACAUCGAAAAGGUGAUUGACGGCUCGUGCAAUCACAUGAUUUGCGGCGUGUGCCGAACCGAAUUUUGCUGGCUUUGCGGCGACAAAAUCCCUCCCGUGGGUCACUUUGCGAAAAACAACAUUCGCGGUUGCCCUGGAUUGCAGUUUGGCGUGGAUAGCAUGAGCACGAUGCGCAGGUUUGCCGCCAAGGCACACAUUAUUGGCGUUGUUGCGGGCAAGGGUUUACUUGUUACACUGGGCAUUCCAGUUGCUCUCGCUGCCGCGAUUCCUGUUGCAACUGUCGUCGGAGUCAAAGCGGCGCAACGACGGUGGCGCACGCGUCAGCGCAGAAACCAGCGGCUGUAAUUCUCGCCAGCGGCUGGAAAAUCUCGCAUCAUUGUGAAUCGUGAUUGUUUAUUUUUUUUUUUGUUGGUUUGUUUUUUUCUAUGUACUUCUUAGCAUCUGUCUGUUGUAUCAAUGCAUUUUUAUC